AUGGGCACACCUCUUCUGGCUUCCAUCUUCGUCAUUCUCAGGGUAUACACACGGCGGAAGCUGAACUUGCGCUUGAGCUGGGAUGACUGGCUCAUUAUCCUUCCGUUACUUUUAUCCAUAGCUCUCAUAGGGCCUUCAUACAAACAUGUCAAAAUGUGGCAUGUCGGUGUACAUAUCUGGGAGGUGCCACCUAAUGAGAUUGAACCCAACUAUGACGAAUACUAUGCAGUUGUCAUGGCAUUCAAUCUCCUGAACAUUCCUAUAUUACCUCUUGUCAAAGCUUCCAUCAUCCUUCUCCUCCUCCGAGCUGGUUCAGUCAUUGAGUGGCUGAAGCGAUUACUCUACGCCAUUCUCAUCUUUACUGUCGGGAGCGCCUUGAUCCCAUGGUGCCUCUACAUCUUCAUCUGCCCACCACUGACCGGUAACACCUGGAAACCGAGGACGUUUGGUGGACUGCACUGCAUGGGUCGACACAAGAUGGGCGAAAUGUUGAUUUGGGUUACCUGCGCAAACUUGUUCACCGACCUCUUGAUCCUUCCCAUUCCCUUCAUCAUCGUCCGGAGAAUGAUGAGCGCUCGUCUGCGAUCUCGAUUGGUGGUACUGGCAGUCUUCACUUGCAGUCUCGCUGUUACUGCCAUUGGUGGUGCCAAAAUCUACCUAUCAUACCGGGACCGCCUCUUCACUCUCUUCAAGCCCGACUGGACCUACCCAAUCGACUACUGCAUCAAUCACAUCGAGAACAACGUGGCCAUCAUCGUGGCCAAUAUUCCCAUCCUGCGCGGCCUCGUCACCCGGUGGAUCUUCGACUUUCGAACCAAAUCAACGCCCCUGGAGCGUGAGUCCCCUGAGGCUCAGGAAAACUGGAAAGAGUGGGAUGCAAAGAGUGCCUCGGAAGCUAGCCGAUAUAAGAAGAGGGCGCGCGUGGUCCAGAAGCUAUUCCCUUGCAUACAAGAUGACUUCUCGAGUAGCCUGGCCUCGCAUGGAAAGGUCGACAUCAAGCAUGAAUACCCUGCCCGGAUUGCUACCCCGCAGAAACGAUCGUACUUUCCCCGGUCGCGGAAAAACAGCUUGGACCGGUAUGAGCAGGCCAAUUCAUGCGAGAAGGGCGACAUGUUGGAGACGGAACGCGGAAGUAAAGUGGAAGGGUAUGGACUUGGAAAGUCCGCCGCUGAGCCCGAGGCGGUAUUCAGGGACAACACUGAGCCCGAUCACACCGUUGACGCCGCUCAGGUUACGGGGGAUCGAGGAUCUUGA